GUCGUUAGGUCGGGAAGUAACGCCUUCAAAUGAGUUGAGUUUUCAGAAGGAGGCUGUCCAUGCAGCCGUGAACGCGCAUUUCCUGAACUCGCUUCACGAAGUCUGACCCCAGCUGUAAACGCGGGUCAUGUGAAACAACAGCGCGGUGUGAGAAGAAGCAGUCCAUGCAGGUUGGAGCUGACAUGACCGUGGAGGAGAAGCCUGUCUCAGUCUCAAGUAUGAAGCUGCUCAGAUACCUGGUGAACUUUGGGGUCAACCCCGCGGCGCUGGCUUAUGCCAUGACUACCCUGGGCUCUGCCAUGAUCAACAAUGUUUUCAACUUCUACUAUGUCAAGCUGUUCCUGAACAAGUACAAAAUAUCCGAGGGAGCAUUCCACCAGUCACAGGUGGUGUACAUGGUGUGGAAUGCAAUCAACGAUCCUCUCUUUGGCUAUCUGCAAGAUAACUCCAGGGUGCCCUGCUGCUCCCAGCGACGCCUCUCCAUCCUCUACGGCGCUCCUCUCUACUCGCUGGCGUUCCUCCUGGCCUGGUUCCCGUGGCGGGCCUAUGCACCCGGUGACUGGUUGAGUGGCUUACACCUGACCGUAGCGCUGUGCGCUUUUGAUGGCUUGCUGACUUUUGUGCUGCUGGCACAGUGCGCGUUGUUUGCAGAGAUUUCCAGCCACCAUCACAGCAGGCUAAGGCUUGUGAAAUACAGUCAGGUGGCGUCUCUGGUCGGCUCCUCCAGUGUCCUCUUCUGUGGUGUGCUUUCUAAAAACAUGGAGGACUUUGUAGCUUUUCAGGCUUUCACCGUGUUGAUUGCCGUUCUCAGCUGUGGCUGCAUGCUCUACACAGGAAUCCACAGUGAGAGCCGCUUUGAUAACAAAGGGUCUGACCCAGAUAUUCCAGGGUCCGUUUGCCAGACCCAUCAGUCAGUGACUUCCUUCUCCUUGUUAAGGACGCUAACAUGGCAGAUCUUGACCAACAGGGACUUUCAGUUGUUUGUUAUCAUGAACUUCUUCCAAGUUUUCAUGUUGGCUUUCUUAAAUAAUUUUACCAUGAUAUUUGCUGAACACCUGAUUCCACCGGACGUACUUCCAUCUCUGGCCAAGAGCAUCAUGUACGGAGCUGGAUUCCUCUGUCCGCAGCUGUUAGUAUUGAGCGGUCAGAGGCUGCUGCACAGUGUUGGCUACUACAAGAUCAUCCUCUACACCUUCUACAUAGAGGCAGGAAUGGCAACUGUCAUGCUCGCUCUUGGUCCUCAGUACCACUAUGUUCUGGCUUUUUUCCUCACCGUGACAAUGAUUGUAAUCCAAGCUGCCUUCAGUCUUUUUGGCUUGCCUUUGGCUGACAUCAUAGACACAGACCUACAAAAAUACAAACGGAGCUCCCCUCUGUCCUCCAUGGUGUUUGGAACCAAUGCUCUGUUUACCAAGCCAGCUCAGUCUCUGGCGCCCAUGAUCGUGCUCACCAUCCUCAACCAGUUUGGAUAUGAGCAGCUGAAGGAUGCUGCCAGAGAUUCAGAUCCAAGAGCCUUGGAGAGCCUCCACAGCGUCAUGUUCUACCUGGUGUGUCUGGUGCCGAUGUGCGUCGCUGCAUUGCAGGCCCUGGCUUGGAGGCCUUUUUCCAUCCGCGACAGCCACACAGUGGAAACAAAAUACAUCGACGGGUAACAUCCUUUCAGCGGACGCUGCGUUGGAUGUCUCCAGGUAGAAUUUUGUGAAAUGAUUUGAGAGCCACGCUGGGAGUGUAGUGUGCAUUUUUAUGAAUGCACUGAAAGUUGAUCGCAGUAAAUCAUCCUGAUGUGAUGGAUGACUUCUUGGAUUAAGCGGGUAGAAGUGAGAGUGAGAGGAAACGGCUUCACUGCCUCUGUGACAGUUGAGUGACUAAGUGCAAUUUUCUUUCUUCUUGAAAAAGAGAUUUACAUAUUUCAUCACCAUUCCUUUGAUCGACAGCUCAGUAGAUUUCAAGCUCCAUAUCUGCAGAGAACACUCCUUAUCCUGCACCCAUACUGUGAUUCUCCUCUGACAGUUAAUGCAUUAAUGGACCAAACAUAUCUGGAUCAAAGAUACUUGAUGUCUGUCUCAGCAUCACUCCUGCUAAUGAAAGUCAUUACUGGGAGUAUUCUCUGCUCUUGAAAGGCAGUAACAAUAUGUUUACUUCAUGUUAUAAACUGGAGAGUUGCUUCAGAAUUGGAAGAAAUCUAUUUAGAAAUUAGAAUUCUGAAACUGAUGAAUGAAGUAAUAAUGCUUCAAUUCAUACCAUGAACUGAUAUCAUCUCUCCUCACUUUAUACCCUCACUCUGCCUUCAAGACAGAUUUGAAUGUUUAAAUGUUUUAAAGUGUAAAAAAGAGGAAAUUAAAACAUGCCUUAGGUUUUCUAAAAAGCCUCACGCAUAGAUGAUUCAGCUUUCUUAUUUAUCAAGCAAAUCACAGGCUCUCUGCUGUGUUUCUAAAGAAGCAGAAGAAAAACCUGAAGAUAAUCAUCUGGGACGUGCACGGUGCUGUACGAUUUGUAAAUUAAAAACCUGAAGUGUGAAAUGCUUCUACUCAAACACAGUCUUGAUUUUUGGGGUUUACAGAGGUGAGAGUAAUGACUGAGGCAGAAUGAAAUGGACACAUUCACAAAGGGUUCAGACUAAUGAUUUAAUGGGUUGUUUCUGUGUGCCAGAAUAUGAAACUGUUGAUUUCUGCCUUCAUUUUUGAUGCUUCAUGGAAGCACAAAAACUACUUUUUAUUACAAGCUGUUUUUAAUAAAUAAGCUCUUUCUGCAGUGUUUGGUAUACUGUGAAAGUUUUUACUGUAAAUUUUUGAACAUUUCUGAUUAAAAGUGUGUUUACGU